AUGACGAGCGAGAAUGCGACAUCCCCAACGGCGAUUCCGUCCCCGGAGGAGCAUAACUCACCGCCGCCGCAGGAUUCACUCAACUCUGUUCCCAUUUCCGCCGUACCUCCCUUCUCGCCACAAGCUACGACGGAAGGUUUCGCGAACAGCGCCGGAGUAGUAUCAAACCAAACGGUCGAUGAAAUCGAAGAACCAUCGUAUUACAAAUAUCUUGAUAGCAAAGAGUAUGGUGAUAAGUACAAAAGGUACUUAUCUGAGUUUAAGCAGUAUCUCAUGGCAAAGUAUUUCUCCGGAAGAGAUCCCAAUGGAGUGAAUCUAUUUCAGGAGACAACAACAAUAGAUGGUGAAACCAUUAAGUCAAGCAAGUGGCCUUGCACACGUUGGUACGCAGGCGAAGAUGUUUCAUGUGUAGACCCAGUACAAUGCCUUGAUGAAGAAGAGGAAGAUGAAGUAGAAGACGAAGAAGAAGAAGAAGAACAAGAAGACGAAGAAGAAGAUGAAGAAGAAGAAGAGAGCAGAGAUUUGGGUCCCGCAGAGUUAAUAACCCCUGGUGAAAUCUCCAAUGGAGGUAUUGUCUCUGAGAAGACCAGUUGA